GUGGGAGCAACAGGGCCAGUGGAAGUGACGUUUGUUGUUGUAACUGGAACAGGGAUUUGUCCUGCAACGAGAUCCUGUCCAUUGAGGAACGGGCUUUUGAGCCACUGCCUUUCCUGAAGUUUCUGUGAGUGGUCAAGUUUCUUUCUGGUGUUUUUCGCUCCGUCUUUGCAUUGGGCACCCUUCCUGCGUAGGAAAAUGCUCCUGUUCUUUUCCCCGCACUCCCUAGAUCUGCCCUGCCCAGAGCCCAGCUGAGCUGCAGAGCUCGAUGCCGAUGGCUGGGCGGCCACGCCAAGGGACAGGCCCCAGCGGGCUUGUCCACACACAGCCAUCAGAGCAGCCAGUUCUUGCAGCCUCGGCUGCAUCCUGGAACAGAAAUAGAGUCAGCACGUGUGCCCUUCACUUGCCCUCCUGGGCAGGCUACAAACACUGAGAAAGCAGCAGGCGCCGCCCUCUUCCACCUUGGGUUUGCACCUUUCCUGCAAAGGGAUGCCGCUUUGCCCCCCCUUUCUGUAGGGCAGGCCCGAUUCCUUUGCGUGACCUCGUCUUUCCCCAGAAAUCUCUCCGGGAAUGGCCUCACACAGAUCCGCAGCGGCGCUUUCCAGGCCUGGCACGGGAUGCAGUUCCUCCAGGAGCUGAUCCUCAGCCACAACCCGCUGGCUGUCAUUGCUGACGCUGCCUUCUUCCAGCUGCCCUCAGUGAGCUCUCUAGACCUGAGUGCCACCCAAGUGACCCCGCAGACGCUGCUGCAGCUGCUGCAGACCACAGUGAGCUUGGAAACCCUGCAAGUGCCCAAGGAGGCGGCCUGCUGCCUGUGCCUGCGCCCCCGGCCCGAGAGCCCCUGCAGGACCAUCCAGUUCCUGUGCCAGAAGCUGUGCAGCGCCAGCGCCCCGCAGUGCGGUGGGUGUCCGGAGGGGCUGGGGGGAGCUCAAGUCUGCCACUUCUCUUGAGCCUGGGGAGAUGCUGCAGCACUGCCCCGUGCUGGGGGGUGCUGAUCUCCCCUUGGAGCACAGGCAUUGGACAGAACACCUUGGGAUGGAAAGUUGCCGGUGAUUGC